GCCAAUAGCGUCAUGCAUCCUUGGGUAGCCAUCCUGGGCCUCCUACUCCUGCCAGAUGGUGUAACCUCUUACCAUCGAGUGACUGGAGUGGCGGGUCAGAGUGUCACUCUACCCUGCUACUAUAAUGGAGAAGUCACAAGCAUGUGUUGGGGCCGAGGGGCAUGUCCUUGGGUGAACUGUGGAACUAACAUCAUCUGGACUGAUGGAUACAGAGUCACCUAUUGGAGGGAUGGACGUUAUCAGCUAAAUGGCAAUAUUCGUGGAAGGGAUGUGUCUUUGACCAUAAACAAUGCUGCCGUGUCUGACAGUGGCUUGUAUUGUUGCCGAAUUGAGGUGAGAGGGUGGUUCAAUGACAUAAAAACCACCCUAGAGUUGAGGAUCAAUCCAGCUCCACCUACAACGACAACGACCACCACCACUACAACAACUACCAGCACUACUCCAACAACCACCACCACUACUCCAAGAACAACCACCACUACAAGAAAGACAACCAUUACUACUACUCCAACAGCAACUACCACUAUUACAACAACCACCACUACUACCCCCCAAACAACCACCACAACUCCAACAACCACCACCACCACUACUCCAACCACAAUGGUCACCACUGCUCCAACAACCACCACCACUGCUGUGCCAACAACAAUCAACACCACUACUCCAACCAUGACAGUCACCACUGCUCCAGUGACAGUGAGGUCCUCUACUUCUGCUCCUCCAAUGCCAGCACCCACAAAGGACCUCCAGCCAGCUUCUUUAUCUUCUCCAACUCAGACAGCAGAAAGCCAGCCUACUACCCUGUAUGAAAGAAACAUAACCAGCUCACCAUGGCACUCUUGUUCAACAGAUGGAAAUGGCACUGUGACCCAGUCUCCAGAUCCUCAUUGGCAUAACAAUCAAACUAUUGUAGCGCUGGCACAAGAAACAUGGAUGAGCACCAACAAGGGAGUCUACAUUGGAAUCUCGGUUACUAUUUUGGCAUUGUUGGUCAUGUUUGUGGUAUUCUGGAUUAGGAGAAGAUAUUUUUGCAUGGGGAGCAAGGUGGAGCUACUACGUGUGAUUCCAUUGAAAGAUUCUCGCAUUGGAGCUUUGAAAAAUGCAGCUCUGAAGCCUAUCCAAGCAGAAGACAAUAUCUGCAUUAUUGAUGACUCUCACUAAGUCCUGGAUCCAGAUUCUAAAGUGCUAUGCCUUGACUAUAGCAGACAGUGACCAGACACCGUGUCAGAGUCCUCUGAAUCAGCUGCAGAAUUUUUCAGUCAGUUUCCCAUGGCAUUCCUCUGAGUAAGGGACACUGGAUAGAGGGAUGCUAGCUCAACUGUGUAAAGUCAACCUCUGUCACAGAGUCCUAAUUUUUUAUAUUAAAUUGGUUCAAACUUUC